UCGCCUCCCUCGCCUCGAACGGAUCGAAAUAAUUAAACAAAUAAAAUGUCCAACACCCGGCUUAAAUUAAAAACCUUGCGCACCAUCCCCAUUUCAAACCAGAGCAACCUCCACCAAUGCCGAACUCAUCAGACCGCAGACCUCACAUCGCCCUCAUGCCCACUCCCGGCAUGGGCCACUUGAUCCCCUUCGUCGAGCUCGCCAAGCUCCUUGUCGACCGCCACCACCUCGCCGUCACCAUCAUCAACAUGGCCGAAUCCUCCAACCAAGCACAAGACUCCUUCCUCUCUUCGCUCCCCUCCUUCAUCACCUCCCUCUCCCUCCCACCCUCCCCUCUCCACGAUCUCCCCGCCGAUUCACGCCUCGAAACCUACAUCACCGUUGCCACCACUCGUUCCCUCCCCGCACUACGUUCCCUUCUCACCUCCCUCCUCUCCACCACCCCUCUCGUCGCCUUCGUAGCCGAUCUCUUCGGCACCCCAGCCUUCGAUGCCGCCAUCGAACUCGCCAUUCCUCACUACCUCUUCAUCCCCACUAAUUUCCUCUUCCUCACCAUGUUAUUAGAGCUUCCAGCCCUACCAUUAACCGUCGACUACUUCUGGCAGCUGACCGACCCCAUCCAGCUCCCAGGAUUCGUACCUAUUCCCGGCCCCGAUGUCCUCGAUCCUAUUCAGGACAGGACCGACGAGUGCUACAAAUUGAUCCUGCUUCACGCAAAGCGUUACCGCGAGGCUAAAGGGAUUCUGGUCAACACAUUUGUCGAGAUCGAGCCAGAAGCCGCCGAUCUUCUCAUGGCUGACAAUCCCGGGAGGCCGCCGGUGUACCCAAUAGGCCCGCUUAUACAAAUCGGCCGGCAGCCCCACGCGGAGCGUGCGGAAUGCCUGAAAUGGCUGGACGCUCAGCCGGACAAAUCAGUUGUGUUCGUGUCAUUCGGUAGCGGCGGUACGCUAUCGACAGAGCAAACGCAAGAGGUAGCCCUAGGUCUCGAGGCGAGCGGACAACGAUUCCUGUGGGUGGUGCGGAGCCCGAGCGACAAGGACUCAUCUGCCACGUAUUUUACGGCGAGGAGCGCUGAGGAUCCGUUGGGGUAUCUUCCGGAUGGGUUUUUAACCCGCACAAUGAAUUUCGGCUUGAUAGUCCCGUCAUGGGCUCCGCAGAUUGAGGUUCUAGGGCACAAUGCGACGGGAGGAUUUGUGUCGCACUGCGGGUGGAACUCAACACUGGAGAGCGUGGCGCACGGCGUGCCUUUGAUAGCGUGGCCGUUGUUCGCGGAGCAAAAAAUGAAUGCGGUGGUGCUGACGGGGGGAGUGAAGGUGGCGAUGAGGCCGAAGACGAGGGAGGAUGGGGUGGUGGAUAGGGAGGAGGUUGGGAGGGUGGUGAGGGAGUUGUUGGUUGGGGAGGAAGGGAAGGUUAUCAGGAGGAGGGUGGAGGAAUUGAAGGAGGCGGCGGCCAUGGCUUUGAGUGAGGAAGGGUCUUCUUCAAAGGCGCUUGCCGAAGUGGCGAACAAGUGGAAGAGCUUUUCAUCAAUGGCUUAGGGUCUGUUUGGGGCAGCUGCAGCUUAUCC